AUGGCUCAAAGGAGGAGAACAAGGAGACCAAGAAGAACCCAGUACAGCAGACCUCCUGUACAGUCCAGUGAUCCACAGCCUUCAAUGGAUCAUGCAGCAGAUGAUAAUCCAUCCAAUACUCCGGCUGUAGAAUUGGAGAGUGUGGACAUCUCAAACAAUGGCUUCUCCACCCCUAAGGCUCAGAGGUUUCGCAUACCAGAGAUACUAACAUGCCCACCUGCACCCAAGAAGAGAAGGCCAAACUACUCACUAAGAAGGUCUCCUAUUGCUUUCUUUGCUCCACCAGACUUAGAGCUUUUCUUCUUCUUUGCUCUUGGAGAUGUCUCAGUUUGA